AUGCCUCGGUGGCGGGACCAUGCUUCCGAAUAUUACGACACGAGCUACCCAGUCAUCGACGACUCGGAGCUCGCGCAAGACGAGCAAACAUUCUCUGCCCAAAUAAAGCAGAUGCGCUUCUAUGUGUCAAGUGGACAGGUAACCUUAGUGAACAAGCGGCCAAAACUUCGCUGGGCGAUCACAUCCGCGAUCAAAGCGCCCUUGUCCGAUGCGACGACCAUCGUCGGCACUGCUGAUGGGUGCAUGCUCUCGUUCACGAACGAGUACAAGCCUUCAUCGUUCUCGACCGCCGCCCAGCUCAAGGCGGGCGUCGCGGUCAACGGCAACUCGACGGUGUUCGUUGUGGAAGUGGAGAGCGUUGAAGCUGUGCCGUCAAACCAGAAGGUGUUUGACCUCCCUCUCAAAUACUCCCCAAGCGCGAUCGCUGCGUCCGGCUUGCUCGUCGCCGUUGGCGGAGAGAUCAUCAAACAAGCAGCCAAGUCUAAUAAUAUCAACAUCUUUGCCCCCUCUGCAUCUAUUUCUGCCACACUCUCUAUCGCGACCCUCCCCCACACUCUAUAUCCACAACCGUCUCUGGUCCCUCAUCUACCGCAGCAUCAACGAACGGAAACGAUCAUGGACAGGGAGGACAACGGGAAGCUGAAGCGGAAGCUGUCCGAGGGCGGGCAGACGUUCGUGAGCCUGCCAGAAGCAGGCACGAAGAAGCGCAGGAAGACGGUCAAGAUCGACCUGCGGCGUGAACGGAAUUCAACAGCGGUGUUGCCAUGGGACAAGGGGUUCACUCACAGCAACACGGUCUAA